CCCACUGCCGCCUUCUCCUCCGACAGCCCCCACCUGUCGUCCAGAGGAAGUGUCAUUAAAUGGUUCUGGGAUUCAGCGGAGGAGGGCUACAGGACCUACCACAUGGAUGAGUAUGAUGAGGAUAAGAACCCUAGUGGACUUCCCAUCUACUGGGAGAUAAAGCCUGUACAUCAGCCCCUGUGACCUGGGACAGAAACGGACCGGUGCUCUAAAGGGGGACAGAUAAAGGACUUUGGGAUCCAGAAGAGGAAAAGAUCUCUCGCAGGGAAUCAUUAACUUGGGGACCAGUGAGAACAAGCUCUGUUUGGACCUGCUGUCCAGGCGGUUCCCUGACCCGGGAUCAAACCCAUGCCCCUGCAGUGGACGCGCAGAGUCCUAACCACUGGACCGCCCGGGAAGUCCCACACCAGACUUUUUUUUUUUAAGAACUUUUAUUGAGAUAUAAUUGACAUACAAUAAACUGCAUAUGUUUGAACCACACCUGACAUUUUUAAGCCUCAGUCUCAUCUGCGACACGAGGAUGAGGACGCUGUCCCUGGGCCACCCUGCCCCCGUUUCUCUGAUGCGCAGACCAAGCCCGGUGCUGCACGGAGGCGGGUGGCAGGGCCAGCCCUCACCGUGAGUGUGUGCGGCCCUCAGCCCUGCGCUCCCCAUCUGUCCCCAGCUCAGUCAGCGCGACAUGCUGCGGGUGGAGCCGUCCCUGCUGCAGUACCCCGACUGGAGGGGACAUCUGUUCCUCCGGGAGGAAGUGGCCAGGUUCCUGUCUUUCUACUGUAGGAGCCCCGCACCCCUUAAACCGGAGAAUGUGGUGGUUCUGAACGGCUGUUCCUCUCUCUUCUCUGCUCUGGCCACGGUGCUGUGUGAGGCGGGGGAGGCUUUCCUGAUCCCUGCCCCUUACUAUGGAGCCAUCACGCAGCAUGUGUAUCUCUAUGGCAACGUCCGACUGGUCUGUGUCUAUCUGGACAGUGAGGUCACUGGGCUAGCGACACGCCCUUUCCAGCUCACCGUGGAGAUGCUGGAGGUGGCCCUGCAAGGAGCUCAUUCUGAGGGAGUGAAGGUCAAAGGCCUCAUCCUCAUCAACCCCCAGAAUCCUCUGGGUGACGUCUAUUCCCCAGGAGAGCUGCAGGAGUACCUGGAGUUUGCCAAGAGGCAUGAGCUGCACGUGGUGGUGGAUGAGGUCUACAUGCUGUCCGUGUUUGAGGAGUCGGUUCAGUACCGCAGUGUCCUGAGCCUGGAAAGGCUGCCUGACCCCCAGAGGACCCACGUGAUGUGGGCGACCAGCAAGGACUUCGGGAUGUCUGGGCUCCGCUUCGGCACGCUGUACACAGAAAACCGGGACGUGGCCACUGCGGUGGCCUCCCUCUGCCGCUAUCAUGGCCUCAGUGGCUUGGUCCAGUAUCAGAUGGCACAGCUGCUCCAGGACCGUGACUGGAUCAGCCAAGUGUACCUGCCGGAAAACCACGCCCGGCUCAAGGCUGCUCACGCCUAUGUUUCGGAAGAGCUCCAGGCCCUGGGGAUCCCCUCUGUGAGCCGUGGGGCCGGCUUUUUCGUCUGGGUCGACUUGAGGAAGCACCUGCGCGAGGCCACCUUGGAGGAGGAGAUGCUGCUCUGGCGUCGCUUUUUGGAUAACAAGGUGCUGCUGUCCUUUGGCAAAGCCUUCGAGUGCAAAGAGCCCGGCUGGUUCCGCUUGGUCUUCUCUGACGAGACCCACCGGCUUCGCCUGGGGAUGCAGAGGGUCCGGCAGGUGCUUGAGGGCAAAUCCCAGGUGGCAGAAGACACCCCUUCCUGCUAGACCCAGGAGCUGAGGGACCCGCACAGGUGAGCUGGUCGUUGCCUCGCGGCCGCAGGGCCUAGUAGCCACUGUGAAGACUGAUGGCGGAUGAGCUGUUGGCCAGGCAGAUACCCUUUUUGGCCUUGCCCUUGAAAAAGAACUGCUCCUUGCUCUCCCGGGGGCAGCGAGACACACCUGAAGUUGUGGUCCAUCACCCUGCCCUGCUAUUAAACAAAACUGGGAGAAACUAGAAGCCUCUGCUGCGAGUCAUUUACGGAACAGAGGACGAGUCGUGACUGCUCCUCACCGCAGCCCUCAGCCCCCCAGGAUGUGAAAACAAACAACCUGUACCUGCUUUCAAUGGUGCCUUCAUUCUUCUGUUUUUGUUGCCAGGGAAACAAGUCAAAGAAACAACACACAGAAGGGAGAAUGUGCCCCCAAAGGAAAGAAAAGUGAUAAUCCCCAAGUACAAGGAGAAAGGACUUAAUUCAUAUGUCCACAUUGCUCUCCCCGCACGCAGGAUGUGUGGGCCCACGGCACACCUGGGACUGGGAGGCUGGCAUGGGAUGAGGUGGUUGGGUGCCCGGUGGGAGUCAGGAGGGGCCUCUCUGUCUCCACGGUGCUCUUCAUCCUGGGAAGGAGCUGCCUUCCCUGAUGAUCUGGAACCAGAGGGACCCAGCCGUGACUGUGUGGGGAGAUAAGGGGGCCUGAACCGAGGAUGCUGUGGGGACGAGGUGACCCAGGCUGGCCUUUCCAACCAUGAAAGGGCCACCUACCCCAUCCCCAGGGGCGCUUUAGUUCAGAGUCCAAAGGCGCUUUCUGAACCAGCCUUCAAGCUGUGUGCUGAGGACCCUUCUCUGGCAUUGACACUCCUGUUUGGCAAAGCUCUCUCUUUCCUCAUUCUUCUUUUAAAAGCAUGUUGGUGAAAUCAGUGAUGGAUUUCUAUAAAGCACGCUCUGUGGCUUAGGAUUUGUUUUCCUCUUUCUGCCUUUCAUUCAUGCCUCCUCCUUGCCUUUUCUUGAAUACCUUCUAUGCGCCAGACACUGUGCUGAGUAAUUUACAUGUAUCAUAUCUAACUCUAUGCACCCUGGGAAGCUGGCAUUAUUAUCCCCCAUUUUAGAGAUGAGGAAACUGAGUCUCAAAUAGAUGAAAUGAUAUUCCCAAAGUCACAUAGCUAAAAAGCAUCAGAGCCAGGAUUCAAAGUCAGAUUGAUUUGGUUCAAAAUUCUGGGCCCUUUCCAUUCUGCCAAAGCAGGGUCCCAAAGGAUUCUUUGACUUUUCCAGUCCUGAGAACCAGGCUUCAUGUUGUCACCGUUUCACCUUUCAUUUUUCAACGUCGUUGGUUAAGUAGCACUCGUUUCUAAUAACACUUCCAGAAAAUGUUGGUGCCAGGAUUUGCUUUACUGGAAUGCCUGCUGCUUUUACAGAGAACAGAGGAGCCAUGUUGAGGGCCCUCCACAUCCUCUCCAGGGACCUCUGUUGUGAUGCUGUCACUGUUGUUGAAGGUCGCCUGUGAAAGGACCCGUGUGAUGAAUUCCAUUUAGAAUUCUCAGAAGAAUGACUUCUACUUCUUCCUGAAAGGGGGUCCAAGCUGGCUUCCCAGCAGAGGCUGAUUGAACCAGGAACCUAGACCUGAGCUGAGCUCAUCUGCCUGAGUAGAGCUGGCUUGUGCUCUGCUGAGCAGCUAUGCUCCACGUCUCCCUUUCUGGAGCAUGGGUUGGACAUAUCCUACACCCAUCUCACAUCUUCUCUGCUCACCUUUCUGGUCUGCCCGUUACUGCAGCCAGCCAGCUGUGUGUGCAGGGAGCCCCACGGCACCUCAGCUGCACCACAUCACUUUCUGUCCCAGGCUGCUCUCUCACAACCCCACGGGACACAUGCAAACCAGGAACUCUAAGGGAAUUAACACUUAUGGGGCGACCCUUGAGCCAUGGAGGACAGGACCUCCUCUGCACACCUGGACAUCCUGACGUUCUGCAUGGCUCCUCAGAGAAUCCCUGAUAGGACUGAGCUGCUGGUGCCCACAGGAUCCAGCCCUAUAAGGCACCCCUGGGUGGCCCUCUCUUUUCUCCAGGUUUACUCAUUCCAGUCUUCUCACCUUUCCCUAAGACUGCUUCUCAGAAUAACUACCUGCACUCAAGUCUUUCUCUCUCAGGGAACCAAGCACGACAGAGUUAUAAAUGAUUGGUGAACAAUACCCACCAUUUAUUUGUUCUCUGAGCUCAGCUACUUUCCCCAGCAUCCCUGAGACGCAGAUCUCACGAGUGUGCACACCAGAGUGGUUGGAUGCUUACCUAGUGAUUUCUCUGAAUCCUUGCAAGAAACCUCUAUUGUUGACAAUUACAAGGAAAAGUGUUUUUCAUAGAAAAAUAAUGUUCCCUUUUUUUCCAAUCAAUGAGAAUUCCUAACCUAUCAGACUACUUAAGACUCUUUUGUUUACAUAUGAUCCAAAAUGAUAAAAAUAGCAGUAAUUAAACAAAAGGAGGUGUUGUCAAAUUAACAUCAUGAGGAAUGGGAAGGGCAGAUAUUUCAUGCAUGGGUCUAACCAGGAGUUCAAUGAUGCCAUCAGAGUUUGUGCUCUCUUCCUCAUUUCCUCUAUGUGGCUUCAUUUUCAGACAUGCUCCAUGCAGGUGGUGACAAGAUGGCUUCCAGGCAGCUCCAAGUGGCAUGGUCCUUGUAGCAGACACCUACACGGUAUUAGCAGGAUAGACACCCUUUCUCCCUCAGCAUUUAUUUCUUGCCUCUCAUUGGAGGCCAGCUGGCCUUACCUCAAUCAUCUGCCCAUCCAGGGGAACCCAGGUUUGAUGUAUCUGUCCACUUUGCCAUCCCUAGUGUGUUGGCUUUUCCCCUUUAAACUUAUUUCCUCAUUUCUCAAUAUGGCUGCAGAAGCUCCAGACAUCACCUCCCCACCAGCCACUUCCAGACACAGAUUUCUAGCCCCAAGCAUAAAAUUUCCCAGUCAAAGGAAUCAUAUAGCUGUUCACGUUUGUGUCUGGGUUAUUUUGCUCAGCUACAUCUACAUGUAUCAGUACUACAUUCUUUUCUUUUUUCUCUAUAUAGUGAUAUCCUCCUUGUCACUCCUGACAUUGGUAACUUUUGCCCUUUCUACUUUUAUUUUUGUCAUGAACAGUCUUGUAAUGGUUUUAUCAAUUUUACUAGUUUUAUUAGUUUUUCACAAGGAACUAGUUUGUUCAUUCUUUCUAUUGUAUAUUUGUUUUCUAAUUUGUUAAUUCUUUUUUCAGCGGUUUAUAUGAGUACAUGGGACCUAUGGUUUUCGUGUAAAGGAAACAAUCAUUAUUUUUUGCUCCUUUCUUCUGCCAUUGCUUUUUCUCCUUCACCUGCCGACGCUAUUGUUAUUCCCUAACUUAAAGAAAAAGUACAAAAUGUGUGCGCUUAUUGUACAUAAAUUUUAUCUCAUAAGAAACAAGGAACUGCAAAAUAUUCAUCUCUAGUUAAUGAUAUGCAUUCAAUAAAAUAUAAAAUAUU